AUGGACGCCGCGGGACUCGGCAUCGGGGUGGCGGCGCUGGUGACCCUGUUCAAGACAUGCUUAGAAAUGUACGACACGAUCGAGUGCGGCCGGCGCUACGGCUCCGACUUUGAGGUGCUGACUACGAGGGUUGGCAUCGAGCGGGUGCGACUCCUGCUUUGGGGCGACGCGGUUGGUAUUCUAGCGCUCGACCGCGGCGCAGGAGGACAGCCAGCCGCGUUGCCGGUCGUCGAUCCGAGUCUGGAAGAUCCCCGCAAGUUCAGGGCCGUCUGCGAUAUCCUCAGCUGCAUGCGGCAGCUCUUCGAGGACGCCGGGUCUAUGACACGGCGCUUUGGGCUGCGGAGCGCCCAGGGCAACCAAGUCGCCCCGGACAGCCUGCGGAACGCGCUCGUCACGACCUUCCGGAGGACGUACGCGAGGUUCCAGGAGGGAGCCGCGCCGGCACAGCGGGUUACGUCGAUAGCGGCGACGGUACGGUGGGCCGUCAUGGACAAAAAGCGGUUCCAGGGCUUCGUCGAGGAACUGCGCGGCUUUAACGACAGUUUGUGCGACCUCUUCCCCGGGCUGGGAGAGAACGUGCGGCAGGCGAUGGCCGGCGAGAUCCAGUUGUCGACGGACCUGGGGAACCUGCAAAUCGUCGAACAGGCCGUCACCGACAUGGAAGCCAAUGAGGAGCUAGCCGAGGCCGUCAGCGUGAGAAUCACGGAACUGUCGCAGUAUAGUCGCAGCCUGGCGGAGGAAGACGACCAAUAUGCCGAGACGACGGCUCACGAGACCAUCGAAACUGAGGACGAUAGCACGGCGGUGGUGGCUGGCGGCGUCAAUGUGAACCGCCUGGCCAAGCAGCUGGAGAAGCUCGAGGUCAUUCUCCGCGCGGACCUCAAGGGGUCGCUGCAGUCCAGCAUCUGGCACGCGUUCGGCGAUAGAUACAACGCCAUGCUCACGUGGGAAGGAGUACCGGACGACAGAUACUUUGCUCAGCUAGACAAGGAGAUUGAGUAUCGGAGGCCUUCGUAUCCCGCGUGGAGUCUGAUGCAUGCGCCGGAAAAUACACGAGAUGGACAGGGGAGCUGGGCUGAUCACGAUAGCGAGGCGGGCCGGAAGUUCGAGGGCAGAUACGCGGGCACUCGGACGGUGGAGGGCUACGCGGCCGACUUCAGCGCCUGGGCACGCGAGAACGAGCAUCACGACGGCCGGCAUGCCUGGAGCAUCGACAGAGAUCUCCCGGAACACAAGACCAGCUUCCUCCUCGAGCGGCUGCGCUUGCUGCAGGUCCGGCGCUCGCUGGCCCGGACCGAGGAGCAGGCUAAGAAGAACAUCGAGGAGCUCAUAGGCCCCAGCAGCUUCACGCCGGCUCGCGGCGAGGCGGGGAGCGGAUGGGGCACCAAGACGUUUCGCAUCUCGGAUCUACUCUCGACGCUGAACCGGGCCGAUAUGUUCGAUGACGUCCGCGACAGCGUAUCCCUGGUCGCCGUGGCCCUUCGUCCCCAAGGCCCGCAGGGCGGCUUCGGGUUCGCCAACUUCCUCUUCCAGAUGGUGCUCGCCUACGAGCUCAAGCUGCUCCUCGAUCGGGAGCGGGAUAUCGUGUUCGGCAACUACGGUCCGGGCAUCAUCGCCACGGUAACGGCGGCAGAGCGCUGGAUCGACGGCGUCCUCGUCAAGGUCACGGACCCCAAGAAGGAAAAGAUCGAGAUGUUCAGCCUGGUGCAUGAGCGUCAGGUCGAGGGCCUCGUCCGCUUCGCCGAGCUGAUGGCGUGGCCGCUCCUGGGCGAGAUGAGGAGCUACAUCGAAGACGCGUACGCGCAUAUCCGCGCUGGCGUCCGCACCAGCUCGCACCUAUGGGACUGGCUGUUCGGGACGAUGCUCCCCGGGAACGCCUUCGUCUUCACCAUCAUGAGCGCCCUCGUGGCGGCUUCGCCGAGUAUUGCGGGUCUUGGGGCCCCAAGGUACUUCGCCUCUGGCCUCGUGCUGAAUGAUCGGUCGUACUGGAGGGCCAAGUUUGUACUGGGCCGUGUGCUCGGCGGGUUGAGAGGUGUGAAGGCGGCAAACGGCUGGGUCGGGCCAUGCCCGCUGCCUGUGGUGGGCGCCGCGGCGGGCGAAAACACCAUCACCAAGGGCUGGUGGCGAGUCCAGGCAAGGGACGUCGCAUUCAAGAUCCCCCAACAUCUGCCAUCCCAUGCCGACGCAGAUGAGGGCGCCUCCUUCUCCAACCUGGGCCGCGUUGCCGGUGGAACGUCCAAGGCGGACUGGGUCCGGACAAUCGGCGAUCAGUCAAAGUGGGUGAUUCCCGUCGGGCCCAGCGGCGCACCGGACGUGGUCAAGUUCCGGGCACUUCGACUGAAGUCUGUGCGUAGGGCCACGGACCCGGGCGUCGAUCCGGGCAGCGGGGAUAGCGUGGACGGAAUGUUCAACAUGGGUGGUGAAGUGGGGCUGCCGGGCGCGUCCGAGGAGACGGUGACGGAAACGGAGACGGCGGAGUCGGCAGUGGAGCCGUUGCAGCGGGCGUCGAUAGAACUGACGGUUAAUGGCGCGGACGUGAGCUUCACCAUCUACAACACGCCCGUCUUCGUCGCGGCGCCGCGCUGCAUCAACGGACCGCACGCCGUGCACGAGCGUGACCUGCCGAAGCUGCAACACAUCCGGCGCAUCGGCCAGCUCGCGGGGUAUAUCCACAGCGACGACGAACGGGUGCUCGUCAUCGACGCCACAGGACAGGGCGAAGGCGAGUUGGCGGCGCGGGCGUGGUGUGCUGAGUACGGCCAGCACGCCGUGGUGCGGAGGGCGCCGGGUACGUGUUUCGCCUGCGCCGUGAUGGCGGCGAGCCAUCAGGGGCUUGGUCUCGGAUGCUUGAUCUGGGCUUGA